CUGUUUCGGUGUCGGUGCUGAAGUUGGGCGGAUGGAAGAAAAACACCGCCGAUGGAGAUUAAACGGCAGGAUGUAUCUUUACUGUGCGAUCUAACAAGCAUCAACAUAAAACACAUAUAAAGUAACCACUAUAGACGACUGACAACCAGAAUUAAAAGGAUGGUUUAUUGUUGCUCCUCGUGCGAUCAACACUGCAAAUGAUCCACCCACUGAGUCCCUGAACUCUGCUGAGACCCAGGCGGAAACCGCUGUCCUCCUUAUCCCUCCUCACUUCCUGGCCCUCCGUCAGGGAUGGUGAGAACAACAAUACUACCCUGUAGACACACCCUAGUGCUUUACUUCUGAACCCACCCAAGUUCAACCAACCACUUACCUCAACGCCAUGAUUCACCUGCCUGGUCUGUCUGUGGAAGCAACUGACUAAUUUUUAUGCCCCGAAGUUUAAGCGGUGUUGAUAUGAGAAAACGGCAGCAGCCACACAUUGAAGGACCUCCCCAGGCGCCUGGCCAUCCAAGGCCCAACAACUGCUGCAUGUGCUGGUGUGGUUGUUGUAAAUGCCUCUGGAAUGAGGACCGCAUGGAGCGCUCCGAACGGGCAUGCACUAAAAUGGAUAGUAUUGAAGCCACGGAGGAGCAGCAACCCACUCUAGACGAGGUGGUUGCCUGGGCCCGUAGCUUCGAGCUGGUGAUGCGCUCCUCAGAAGGCAGGGAGAUUUUCCGAGAAUUUCUGCGCUCUGAGUACAGUGAAGAGAACCUGUUGUUCUGGCUGGCCUGUGAGGAGCUGAAGAAAGAGACGGACCUGACUGCGAUCGAUGAGAAAGCCAGGAUCAUCUACGAGGACUACGUCUCCAUUCUAUCGCCGAAAGAGGUGAGCCUGGAUUCGCGGGUGAGGGAAGGCAUCAACCUGAGCCUGACGGAGCCCAGCAACGUGAUGUACGAGGAGGCCCAGCUGCAGAUCUACACUCUGAUGCACAGAGACUCCUACCCCCGUUUCCUCAACUCCUCCGUUUACAGGAACCUUCUGGACAGCAAGAGAAGCUCCUGCCUAGACACCUAAAGUAACCCCCACCCCCCCAAAAAACAAGAAGACAAUAAGGUGCCAAAACUGGGUUUGAUAUUUUCCUUUUUUGAAAAAGAAACAAGAAAAUAAUGAAUAGUUUAAGCAAUUUCAAGUGUCUGCUCGCAGGCAGCCCUGAGGUUUAGUUCCUGGUUUAACUGCAGAUAAGAGCUCCUCGGGCUACUAUGACAAAGAGAAACAAAAGGAAGGACAGACCCAUUGUUCCUGUACUGUACUUUUGAGAGUUCUCCUCCUUUCGCUCCCUCUUUCUCUCUCUAUCUUGCUCUGUAUUUUUCUCUCUCAAAUUCUGUCCCAUGCCUCAGCCAUUUUUACAGUCCAAAAACAAUGUAUUUUUUACGAUGGCUGUAGAGCUUGACGGUGGUGAGCAGGAAAAUCAGACUUUGCAUGUAACAAGGUAAUGGAAUUCGCUCUACAGUAGCUUGGUAUUUUAGCAGUGGACUGCAAAGGUUCUUGAAUAUGAAAUGUAAUUUCUUCUGUUCUAGGGAUAUACCCUGUCAAGCUCUUGAUGUGUUAUGUGAAGGGAAUAUUGAUAUUUGCCAAUUAGCUUGCAGUCGUUGAUUUUGAGAAGGUUGAAAGUUUUACAGCAGUGUUAAUAUCCAAGCACUUGCCUUCUUUACAACUCUAAAACUGGGAGAAGGGCUAGAAUUGUGGUUGGGCAGCUAAAUGUCUUAUGAACAUUACUUUCCACGGGAAAUCACAAUGCCUUUAUGUGAAAAAGGCAGCACAAGAGCUGCUUGUUAUGGCAACAACCACAGUUUAGUAAACACAGAGUCCUUUCUAUCCUUCCCACACCAUCUCACCCUGAGAGAAGCACAGGUUAUGUCAGAGGUUGGAAUCCUUGUUGGAGAAAAAAGAAAUCAAACAUUCAAUUCAGUCGUUUCAUACAAUAAAUCAUGAACACUUUACAGCUCUCGAGAAUGAAAGAGAACCAUUUACUUUUUAGUUUUUCUACUGCCUAUAAUAUAAAUAGUAGUAAUCACGAUGCCUUGGUUUGGAAGGUCAAUUAUAAGGUAGUGGUAUGUCUAAUGCAUCACCAUGAGGUCUAAGAGUGGUAUGCAUUGCUGACACAUGGAAUAAUGAAGUAGGCCUAUAUGGCCUCUGAUUUUAAAGCUGUAGCUAGUCCUAGACUGAAGGGGGUCAGUACCAGCUAAGGAACAGCCCAGUCGAGGGCAGAAGAGGCCAGGUGGAGUCAGACGUAUUUAUAUAUAGGUUGUUUGGAGGUUUGCAGUCCUAUUCACCAGAUGUGCGUCUGUCUUUAAGACUGGUUAGUGAGGCUCCAGUAAGGUGCUUGGGUACCGGUGAGCCCCAUGCCUUUAACAGUCGGUGAGCCCCAUGCCUUUAACAGUCGGUGAGCCCCAUGCCUUUAACAGUCUCUGCUUUACAGAGUUGGACAGGGGAGGUGAAUAGAGAUUUUGGAGACGGGUCGGUAUUUUCUUUCCUAAAAUUGCCAGCACGCAUUAAUGUGUGUACCUGCCAUCCAGAUACAUACGUAUCGAAACAUUUUAAAGAGUUAACGUCCCAUGAACAUAUAGGCCUAAAAUAUAUGUUCAAUGAUUUUUUGUUGUUGUUGCAAGUGUGACAUUUAAACAUGGAGAAAUGAUUGCAGGCCUUUGUCACCUGUUGAUGUGUAGAGGUCAGUGCAUGAGUAAAGUAUAUUGUGAGAGGGAGAGUUGUGUGUAUUAUCACCACUGGUGGGUAAUGAUAUUCAAGUGUCAUUGAAGCAGUGCCACUCUUCUGUUUGAACAUACUACCUGAAGUUCAUGUGCCAAGGCCAGUUAUUAAGGGUUUUAAUAAAGCCCACAUACUGUAGGUUAUUGAAGUGCAAUUGGAUCAGAUGUAGAGUCUUUCCGUUUGUAUUCAUUCACAAAAAUGAACAUAUAGCAUAGCCUAAUGAUAUCAGCCGUUUUGAGCAUCCAACAAUAUUCUAACGUUCCCUAUAUUUCGUUCACAUUCAGCCACCUUUAUAGAUAGUUUCAUUCGCAAUAGUGUUUGCAUACUCUUUUUUUAAGGAAGAGUGAUACAGUAUGCAUGCACCACAGUGGUUAGGUAGAGGAUACCUUUUUAUGUAGCUCUAUUAAUGACAACUCGCAUUGAAAUAAUAAAAAAAUAAAUGACUUGCUCAUUUUAGAUAUUAUUUCAGCUGUAACUUCUGAAUCAACCAGACAGGGAAAUGAUGGUUCAAUCAAACCAAGUUUACAUUCAUGCGGUUAGCAAUCAUCCUGGAAACGCAAGAGAAGCCAAUAGCAAAAAAAAUGUAGGUAGGAAAAUGGUUGUGAAUGAUUCACAAUUAGCAUUUUACACUGGGUGAAGAGUAGUAUUGCAGGUUUGUACGACGUGUCCUCUGGUGUCUCGGAGUAAUUGAUUAUUUUCACUCCGUGGAAAGAAAUGGUUGUUCAUUUUACUGACAUUUCAACAAGGAUUUAGCAAUUAAUGACAUGAGGUGGUAUCACAGGCAUAGUGUCAUGGUCAAAUGUUGACUUUCAAUUCAGAAUGAAUGGCUUUGAAAGGUGGCAGAGGUUUGUUGGCAGAAUAAGAUUUUUAUCUAGAGUGUCAGAAUUGAUGUGAUUAGAGAAGCAUUGGCCUUAUCUACUGUGUUCUCCUUUAACUUUCAUUAGGGAUUUCACUACCUCUCAUAUUGGUUAAUUUAUUUCACAUCUAGUUGUCAAUGUACACUUUGUUUUUAGAUCUACUUGAAGCCUAACACUGUAAACAAAAUGUGCACAGAAAAUAUAUGUAUUAAGCGUUAAAGGACGAUUAGCCUAGUUAACUUUUUUGUUUGUUUAAUUGUGUUCAACUGGAAAAAGAUUUUUAGAUAUAUAAAUAAUUCAGGAAAUACACUGUUUAAAGGGCUAAUCUCAUUUUGCCUAUGCAAAUAUGUUACUGUUGAAAUAUGGGAAAGGAUAGGUUAAGUUUGAUGGAACAUGGUUUACAUUGCCCUUUGCUGAUAUUCAUAUCUUAUUCAGCAAAAGUGUAUCGUUAGUUUUGUUUCUAUAUAAAUAUAUAACAAGUAAUAUACAGAGAAAAUAGUAUAUGCCUUCAUGAUGAAAAAAAAAACAACACUUGAUAAAUACAAAUAAAUGUGUGUUGUCCGACCUGUGGCUGUGUUAUGAGAUGACAGUUCACUGCAAAAUACACCUGAUGACUGAUCGACUAGUCCGAGACGCCCUCAUCCAGAGAGGCUUUAUUAUCCAUUCACAGUGUUUUCUUUCAGGCCAAUGAGCAUCUCUUUAUCCAAGGAGCUAUUCUAUGUCAUUAUUGCUGUACGUAACCCAUAUUGUCAUUUGCAAUCCUACCAUUUCGAAUUUCAAAACAUUUCUACUGUACAAUCAAGGGACAGUCUCGUUUCUUGUUGUUUCCAAGGGUGCUUCGUAGUCACAUUCACAAAGGUUGAAGGGCUAUUUUAGUCACUUAAACAAAGAUGUUAAAUCCACAAGAACAGAAACAUCUACCUCUUGGUUGCUUUCCCAAUCCUCCAAACCUGUAGGCUACUUCGGUACUUGGCCUUUUUUUGUCAGACCACCAGAAUGUAAUAAGACUGAAAUAGCUGUACAAGAGCCAGGAUGUCGUGGUAAAAUUCUGUAGAUAUAAGGGUGCAGUUUUUCUUCGACUGCACACAACACAUUAAUAACACAAUAACUCAUGAAUAAAAAUACAUUGAGCUAAUAACUAAUAUUACUACUGACUGGCUGAAUUAACAUUUUCAAUAAGUACGUUCGCUAAUAAGACAACUGAAAUGUGAUGUCAAUGUUCCCUUUUAAGAUUUAAUGUGGUACUACAUUAUUAUGUCCAAGUGGGGUAUAAUGAUCACUAGACCCAUAAGUAUUUUUCUGUAUAUCUAAUCAUACCCCUUGAGCUGUCUGUGUCUUCCUGACUGGUGGCUCUUUUUAAAAUAAAAUAAAUAUGCUUCUCUGCUAAAAUCUGGGUAAAAGAUUGAAAGGAAUGAGAAUCUUAAUCAGUACAUUUAGUUAUUGCUUGCUUUUCUAAAGUCUACCAACUUUGCCAGCAGGCAUGCCAGCUAAGAUAGAUAGACAAGCUAGCUACUAUAACUUGAUUGAUAGACUGAAAUGGCUUCUUGGUAGCUAGUUAUGAGGUUGGGAGAUAGCUUUAGCUAGCCCAGAUUGGAAACCUAACUUCA